CCACAGGCCUUCUUCUCCCACAGAGCAGCCUCUCAGCCAGGGCCUUGGGGCGGAGACUCCGUCUCUCUCUCUCGACAGCCUCCCCGCCAUCUCCUCCUCCUCCUUCCUCCUCGGGUGCGGAAGCCCUGUAUUUCUCCUCCUUGUCUUCGUUGGGGCUGCCGCCAUGGGAGGCAAGAAUAAGCAGAGGACGAAGGGCAACGUGAGGCCCUCUAGUAGUGGAAGGGCAGCAGAACUUCUUGCCAAAGAACGAGGAACUGUUCCAGGGUUCAUUGGCUUCGGCACAUCUUCACGUGAUCCAGGAUAUGUUCCCGCAAUUCAAGGAGCUGAAGAAAUAGACAGCUUAGUUGAUGCUGAUUUUCGAAUGGUGCUCAGGAAACUUUCCAAAAGAGAUGUCAUCACCAAAUUAAAGGCUAUGCAGGAAUUCGGGACAAUGUGUAAGGAAAGAGAAGCAGAGAUUGUUAAAGGAGUUCUACCUUAUUGGCCUAGAAUUUAUUGUAAAAUAUCUGCUGAUCAUGACCGCCGAGUCCGGGAAGCAACACAUGAAGCAUUUGAGCAGCUUAUUCUGAAAGUUAAGAAACAUUUGGCACCUCAUUUAAAAAGUCUUAUGGGAUACUGGCUGAUAGCUCAGUGUGAUACUUACCCUCCUGCAGCAUCAGCAGCAAAAGUAGCAUUUGAAAAAGCCUUUCCACCAAGUAAACAGCCUGAAGCCUUACUGUUUUGUAAAGAUGAAAUUAUGAGUGUGCUACAAGAUCAUCUUUUGAAAGAAACACCAGAUACACUAAGUGACCCUCAAACAGUGCCAGAAGAAGAAAGGGAGGCAAAAUUCUUUCGAAUUCUAACCUGUUCUUUGCUAGCAUUAAAGAAAUUGCUUUGUAUGCUGCCUAGUAAUGAGAAUAGGUCACUGGAGGAGAAGCUUAAGCCUUUACUGUCACAAAACAAAUUUUGGAAAUAUGGAAAGCACAACACACCACAGGUCCGCUCAGCUUUUUUUGAGCUGAUUUCUGCUUUUUGUCUGCACAUUCCUGAGUCAAUGAAUGCUGAAGCAUCAAGACUUUGCCCAACAGUUCUUCUUAGCAUUGAUGACAGUGAUGCUAUUGUAUGCCCUGCUCUUUGGGAAGCUGUACUCCAUGUCCUUACUACCAUCGAGGAUUGUUGGAGUCAUGUGAAUGCAAAAAAGGGAGUUCUGCCAAAACUAUGGACAGUGCUUCGAGAAGGAGGACAUGGGCUUGCUACUAUUAUAUAUCCGAAUCUCUUACCAUUUAUUAGCAAGAUACCACAUGGAAUUACAGAGCCAAAACUAGACUAUUCUAGAACAUUUUUUACCUCCAUAAUUCAAGGGUUAUUGACUGAAAGAGCUAUGGUUUGUCGUUCAGAAUGUUCAGCAAUCAUGUCAGCAUUUAUGGAAUGCUUACAGUUUAUGGUACUACAGAAUGUAGGUGAAGAAGAAGAACAAAUUAAAGUCCAAGAAAUGCUUAUAAGUGAACAGUUAAUUCCCAUCAUUGACAUGGUGAUUAAAGAGCCCAGGUUACAAAAUGGACCUUUGUUUUAUGACGUAACAGAUGUUUUACAUUUUUGGAAAACAAGAGCAGAGAUUUCAACUGGUGACAAAAAAGCUUUCACUUACCAGAGAAUGAUGCUGAGAUUUUGGGAUGGCCUUUCAAAUAUAUGUGUGGGAUAUGUUGAUAUGAUGGAUGCAGAUGAGAAAUCUUUGGCUGCCAUGUCCUCUUUGCUACAAAUACUCCAGAAUCCAGGAAAAAAAAUGAAGCCAAACAAAAGAAAAUCUGUGAAGAUCAGAUUUGCAGAAGACACUCAACCUGAAAGUAACAAUGAACAUGAAACUUAUGAUGAUCUCAGAAGUAACAAUGAAACCAGCACUCUUGCUACUGGGAUUCAUGAGCAAAAUCUUUCAUCUCUACAGAUGGAGCCUUUAGAAGAUUUAGUUUGUAAACUUGCUGAACUGAGUAUUGUGUAUGCUAAUGAACAAAAGUCCGAUAGACACUUAAAGUUUCUUUCUGCUUUGCUUAGCAACUUUGCUUCUAGUAGAGUUUUUCACAUACUGUUGGAGGACAGAAACAAACUAGAAGCUGGAAAGGUUCAAUAUGAAAAUCCAUCUGUCCAGUUUUUGUAUGAAAACCUAAUUGAUUGGCUGAAAGAAGAUGGGAGAAAAGAGACUGACUUUUUGGUUGAUAUUUUGUAUAGUGUCCUCUAUUGCUGCAGCAGUAUCACAGAGAGAGAACACAUUCUCAAUGACUUAACUAAGAUGGACCUGAACUGGAAUAUUAUUCUUCAGAUAAUUCAAAAGGCAUGUUCAAGCUCAGAAAAGCAUUCUUUAAGUUCUACAUGGUUAAAAGGAGAUGUGUUAGGUGAGAAGCUUGUCACUCUGGCUGAUGAUUUAUGCAGCACAAGCUUGAAGACAACAGUAGCUUCAACAGAAUCCUUUUAUUCAGAAAGAUGGACUCUUCUAAGUUUGGUACUAUCUCAACUGAUUAAAAACGAAUCCUUGAUUGGUGAAACAUAUAUUGAAAGAAUUAUUGAUAAACUACAAGCAGCACUGACUAAAGCAAAGGAUCUUUCAGAAGCUGGAAAUACAGAACCAUCUGUGUCUUUCAUCUGUGACAUAGCCUCUAACUUUUUCAGCUCAGUUAAAGGAUGCUUGUUGAUGCCUUCAUCAGAAGACUUGUUGUUCACCAUUUUUCAGUUGUGUGCACAAAACCAGGAUACAACACAUUUAUCAGAUUUCCUGGUAAACAAACUGAAGCACACUUGGUUGUGUGGCCUAACUUCCCUUGUGUAUCAUCUUAGUGAUACACAUAAAGAAAGCACCUUCUUGAAGAGAUCAGCAUUCUGGGUCAAAAACCAGCUUCUGUCUUCAGUACUGGAUCUUAAAAGUUUGCAGGUUUUGAUCUCUGCGGUCAAUGACUUGUUGACUAAACUACUGCAGACUGAUGAAAUUUCUGCUUCUAUUUUGAAACAUUAUAUGGAAUGGCUCACUCCAAGCAGAGCUGAGUGGGAAAGGAUGCGUGAAUCUUUGUCUAGUGAGUGGAUCAGGAAACCACUUUUGGAAGGAAGACUGAGCAUGAACUGUGAGAUAUCAGGAACAGAUCAAAAGCUUUGUGUCAUCACUAAACUUCCAAGCCAUCUGUGUACUGCAGCUCUGUUAAGUAGAAUGGUACAAUUAAUCCUGGAAAAAGAAGUGGUAUUUGAAAAUCAGGAGGUGGAAAGAAGCAAAUUUGAAAAUAUCAUUGCAGAAUAUCUGUAUACUUUACAAUGGAUUGAAGAACUAGCAAACCCACCUUGCCCACUCCUUGAAUUUCUUCACCACCCUCAAGUAAUUAAUAUUUCAUGUGGGAAGUUACAUACACUCAGUAAUAUCUCCUGCCUCUUUCAAAUAUUAUUCAAUAGAUCAAAAGAGAGUGGAAGACUCUGGGCCUUAACCAUGGCUAAAUUGUUAAAUACAGAGAUAAUUUCAUCCUCUGAGAUAAAAGCACUUUUCAAUACAGCAGAAAGGUUUUUUCCAUUAACAGAAGGAAACUUGCACACACUUCAGAAUCUAUGCUCAUUUUUACCUGAGGAAGAUAAGGAAGAACUUGUCAUUCAGUGUACUGCAAAAUUAAUGACAUGCAAUGGAAGUGAACUUCUAAGUACUGAUGGAGCUUUUGGAUAUCUUGCUAUUUUAAAUUCUUGCUUGAAUUCUGGAAGCAUUAAUGAUGGAGAACUAAUGUCUGGCAUACUAAAGAUCAUUAUAUCCUGGCGAAAUGACUGUGAGGACAGUUUUCUUUUCAGCUGCAAUCUACAAGAAGGAAACCUACAGCUGCUUGGUUUCAAUAUAGAGAUGAUCCAUUUUAUUUCAUUAUUGCUGAAUAAUCCUUCUUCUUUGCUGGAGAGUGAAUGGGAUUUUGUCAUGUGUUCCAUGCUGGCAUGGUUAGAAACAAUGAGUGAAAGCCAGGCAGUAUUUCCCCAGGCGCUGGUGCAAGUGUUUGCCUGUGUCAGCUGUGACUUAAGUGUUGCAUUGAGUGCUUAUUUCCAGACAGCAACUCCUGAAAUCACUGAAAAACUUCCAACAAACCUUAUGACUGAAUGGCAGGAGUUCUUUUCUGAAGGCAUCCAUAGUUUACUUUUACCUUUGUUGGUAAAAAUUACAAGAAAGGAGAAAGAUGUACUGGAAACAUCUUUUCAGAACUCUGUGUUGAAAUCCUUGGGUAAAGCUUUAACAUACAUAUCAAAGGAUCAGUUACUGAAUAAUAAGCUUCCUGCCAAAUUUGUUGCUGGCCAGAAGACAAACCUCCCUAAUAAACUACAGACUUUGUUGAAUACACUUUCUCCACUACUGCUCUUUAGAUCUAGACUCGUUCAAAUCACAGUGUAUCAAAUGUUAAAUAAGUUAAUGUGUGAAUUACCUAAAUUUGACGAUGUCAAUCUGAAAUCCUAUGGUGACGAGGAAGAAGAGCCAUUACUGUCCCCACCAGCAGCUCUUAUGAAUGUUCUUGCCAUGCAAGAAGACUUACUAGAAAACAUCCUAGAAUUCAUCCCAGUUGGAGAGUUUGCAGUUGUUCAACCGAUGAGUGAAGAAUUUUGUCUUGUUUUAGGAUAUCUUCUCACCUGGAAAUUAAUACUAACUUUCUUCAAAGCAGCAUCUUCUCAGCUGCGGGCUCUCUAUUCACAAUACCUUCGAAGAACUAAGAGUUUGAACAAACUGUUAUAUCACCUGUUCAGACUUAUGCCAGAAAACCCAACCUUACCAGUAUCAGCAACUGAACUUCCAAAUAAGGAUGUAAAAACAUAUUUUACAGAAGAGCUUGAUUUAGACAUUAAAGAUACAUCAGGACUGUCAUCACACAUCCCACAUUUGGCUUGCUCUGUUUACUGCAUGACAUUAAAGGAUUUGCCAGCCAUGGUUCGCCUUUGGUGGAAUAGCUGUGAGAAACGAGUCUUCAACAUUGUAGAUAAAUUUACCAGCAAAUAUGUCAGCAGUGUACUUUCUUCACAAGAAAUUUCUUCUGUCCAGACUAGUACACAGUUGUUUAAUGGCAUGAUGGUAAAAGCUCGAUCUGCUACUCGAGAAGUCAUUGCUACCUACUCAGUUGAUGAUAUAUUCAUUGAAUUGAUAAUACAGUUGCCUCCCAAUUAUCCCUUGGGCUCCAUCAUUGUUGAAAGUGGAAAGAGAGUUGGGGUGGCAGUUCAGCAAUGGCGCAACUGGAUGCUACAGCUGAGUACAUACCUCACUCACCAAAAUGGAAGCAUUAUGGAAGGUUUAGCAUUAUGGAAAAACAAUGUGGAUAAACGUUUUGAGGGUGUGGAAGAUUGCAUGAUCUGUUUCUCGGUCAUCCACGGCUCUAACUAUUCGCUCCCCAAAAAAGCUUGCAGAACAUGCAAGAAAAAGUUCCAUUCAGCAUGUUUGUACAAAUGGUUUACAUCUAGUAACAAGUCUACCUGUCCCCUCUGUCGAGAGACCUUCUUCUGAAAUAUAUUGUCUUCUCUGAUUCAGAGAGUUUCUCAAAGAAAACAGGCAAUGGAUUACAACAGGAUUUAGCUGUGAAAGAAGCUAAUUUGUUUUAGCUGUACAGUAUUUACAAAUAAAAAUCUUAAGUUGGUUGAUCAGUGCAACUUAAA